GGCAGAGAGAGAGGACAGGACGGGGAUCGUGGACACAGUCGGGUCGAAGCGGAGCGGGACCUAUCAGAGGUUUCGGGGAGAUGCUGUCCCCACCGACAACAUGGAUAAGAGACCGGCCUCUGAGCUCUUUAACCUCGUGUAUGAGGAGAGGUCUAUGUGGCAGGUGUCACUCUCUGUGGAUAUUACUCAUCCUGCUUGUGGUCUGUAUUGCCAUUCAGACCUUUGUCAUCCGCCAGGCCAGGAAUGACAGGCUAACAGGACUACCAUAUCAGAGAUUCACUGUCAGCAAACAGCACCUAUAUUCUACUCUGCAAAAUGUCUCGGAGGGCCCCAGCUCUGAGUCUUCACUGACAGUAAAGGCAACUGUGCAGUCACUACAGAGAGAAAGAACUACAGAUCUUCAUCAUCAGAAUGAGGGAUAUGGAGAGCCAUCAGAUUCUAAUCUGUUGAGAUAUGUAGAUGAAACCGCCAACCUUGCAUCAAGUUCUCAGAUGGAGACAAGAAAAGCCGGAAAGUCACCUGGAAAAUUGCUUUUACCAAAAUAUGGAAAGUUGAUUCUUGGACUUCCAGGUUCUUUGGUCCUUCACGGUACUCGGAAAGGUUUAAUACCAGGCACAGUUAAAAGAUUCAUCAACACUCCAUCCAGUUUUUUAAAAUCUCGCAUCAACACUGUCCAUACUGAAGAAACUUGUCACCCGAAGUCUCAUAUUGUUUUCCUCAAGACACACAAAACAGCAAGCAGCACUAUUUUAAACAUCCUGUAUCGCUAUGGUGAAAGUAGGAACUUGACCUUUGCCCUCCCUCUGAACAAACACAGCCAGUUAUUCUACCCAUUUUUCUUUGCUUCACAUUUUGUUGAAGGUGUCAGCAGCAGAAGUGUGAGGGAUUUCCACAUCAUGUGCAACCACAUGAGGUUUAGAAAAUCUGAGGUAGCAAAAGUGAUGCCUGAAGAUACUUUCUACUUUUCUAUUCUGAGACAUCCAGUGGACAUGAUGGAGUCUAUUUUUAUUUACUACAAGAGUAUCCCAGCCUUCAGAGAGGCUCACAGCCUGGAUGACUUCCUGGACAACAGCUGGAAAAAUUACAAAUCAUCAUUGACUAACAACCACUAUGCUCACAAUAUACUGGCCUUUGACUUUGGCUUUGACAACAAUGUUGCAGCUGAUGCGGAAGACCUGGAGAAUAGAGCCAACAUUGCUAUUGCAGCCAUUCAGCGAGACUUCCACCUGAUUCUUAUUUCUGAAUACUUUGAUGAGUCCAUGAUAUUGCUCAAGCAUGCCCUCUGCUGGUCCCUGGAAGAUGUGGUUUCUUUUAAGCUCAACAGUCGCAGUGAACAAACUCGUCACAUGCUUUUACCAAACACAGCAGAGAAAAUCAAGAGGUGGAAUGCUUUAGACUGGAGGAUCUACUUGCACUUUAACACAACUUUCUGGCACAAAGUGGAUAGUCUGGUUGGGCAAGAGCAGAUGAAAAUGGAAGUAUUUCACUUAAGAGAGCUACAGGCCAAGCUAGCAAACACCUGUCUGAAAGAUGGCAGAGCUGUAGACCCCUCCAAGAUAAAAGAUUCUGAGCUAAAGCCGUUGCAGUAUGGAGCAGCUGUCAUUCAGGGCUAUAAUCUAAACACACACAUAGACAGAGAAACGAAAGCAAAAUGUCAGAGACUUAUAACUCCAGAACUACAGUACACGGACCACCUUUACUCCCAGCAAUUCCCUAAGCUAGAUAAAAAGCAUAGAAAAGCAACUAGAAACGUUGUUUCACAGCAUCAAAGCUCAGGUAGAGCUGGUGUGAUGGGUCUGAAAGGGGUCUGAGACAGGGAAGUCCAUCACAGACAGAUCAUGAGAUGCAAAUUCUCAAAUCUCAAGUACCAAAACUAAACUAAAUAAGUCUUCAAUAUAAAGAGACCGAAUAUUCCCCCAUGAGCAAGCACUUGGUGACAAUGGCCAGAA